CGCUCCUCCAUCGCCGAGACGAGAAUACUCUCAGUCUCUUGAAGCAAGCCCUCUGAUUUUUUUAUCAUCUUACUAGGGAGAUGAAAAAACCCCAGAAUGAAGAGGAUGAGAGUGAGACCUCCGGUGAGGAAGCCUAGUAUGCCAGAGGCAUACGAAAAGGGUGUUGUAUUCACCAUUGAUUGGCUUAGUGAUCUAAUGAAAAUACUCUUUAAAGCCGUAGGCGGAGAGUUAUAUACGCGACACAAAUUUACCGACCGCAUGGAGAAAUAACAACCCUUUGCCUUGAGGCCACUGACUCUGGCAGGACACACAUACAAGCAUAGGAACACGUUGCAGCAGGG